GCAGAAGAAAAUUAACUUUUCAUGUCCAAAAGCAGCACUGUUUGACACUUACAUGCUCUAAAUAGUACUCUCACCUUUCUAUUUUCUCUGAAGCAGUAGCAUCGCUCGUUCACCUCUUCUGACGCAAUCUCUACAACCGUGAGUCAUUAUCUGACUAGCCUUCAUACUGGGAUGAAGAAAUCACGAACAGAUGAGAAGAUUCUCAGCUACAAUGAUGUGGUGCUUAGGCAAUCCGAUCUUGAAAUCCUUAGUGGUCCAUAUUAUUUGAAUGAUAGGAUUAUUGAGUUUUAUUUCAGUUAUCUUUCUUCAAGCCAUUCCUCUCAGGAUAUGCUGCUGGUUCCACCAUCCAUUGCAUUUUGGAUAAUGCAAUGUCCUGUGGUUGACUCUCUUGGUGAUUUCAUAGAACCUCUUCAUUUGCUUGAUAAGGCGCUGGUUAUAUUCCCCAUCAAUGACAAUGAUGAUGUUGACAGAGCUGAAGGUGGUUCUCAUUGGAGCUUAGUUGCAUAUUGCCGCAAUACUAAUGUGUUUGUUCACCAUGAUAGUUGCAGAGGUAUGAAUGCAGCACCUGCCAAAAAACUCUAUAAAGCUGUUGCUGGAUACAUGGGAUCCUCUGCAUCAGCUUCUGAGGUUAGCUUUCAGGAAUGCACUGAUUCACCCUUGCAAGAUAAUGGCUAUGAUUGUGGUUUAUAUGUGACAGCCACAGCAAGAACAAUAUGCAACUGGCAUGCAAAUCAUAAGAAUACACAUAGGAAUGAUAUGUGGUUUUCUGCUGUGAAGGAACAGGUUACUUCUUCUGCUGUGGCCAGCAUGCGAGGUGAGAUCCUGGCCUUGAUCAGAGAUCUAAUGGCAAGACAUUGAGAAUAACAUGUUCCACAUUAAAAUCUGUCUUAUUUGGUACUCGGUGUCUUGAAUUUAAGUUUGAGCUUCCUCUAUAUCUUGAUUUAUGAGAAGUGUGAAUUCGAUUGAACCACAACUUUGAAUUUCUUUGAUGAGGCGACUAUGGUUUACUGUACGUUUAGAUUUACGUCCAAAGAAAAUGGAUGCACGUCAAGCUGAAGCAACUAAGUGUUGCUUUUAAGUUAAUCAAUCUCUUUUUCACGUGAGUUUGCUGCUAUACGUGAACACUAUUCCAACAUUGCUGAGUCUAUUUGAGCCAUUUGAAGCAAAUGGGUGUUGCUUGGGCGGUAAGUACAAAGAUGACGGUGCAUAUGGAUCAUUGAAACCGAAUACUUAUUGCAAUUAGAAUGUAAUGGAGAAGUUAGUGAUACUGAUGUAUGAGUAUUUCAACCAUUAACAUUAGUGAGAUCAUAUUUCCAGCUGUUAUC